UCGUCAAGGUCAACAACACCUUUCACUCUACGAUUGACGUGACACUCACUCUUUAUCUCUCUCUUUCAUCAACAUCGACCAUAUCUUGUACUGAAUCUCGAUCAGCUCGACACCAUCGACAAGCAUCUGUAACCCCAUCUUCUUGUCCCGUCAGCUAUCCUCUUGUUCAUCCUCUGCUCUCCCUCUCACCAUGCCCGUCAUGACGGCCAAAGCGCCAUCACUGUACAAACCAAAGUCAAAGAUUCGUCUUCGACUCGGUCUCACACCUCCUCAUCCAGUAGCUCCCACGACUACCAACAAGACAGGCGCCAGUGCGAUCCCCUCGGCACCAUCCAAAACGUAUCUCGUCACAUCACUCGAAUCUCCAUCAUCCUCUACUUCCACAUCCAAUGCACGGUCUUUCGACACUUCUCUAUCGGCUCACACGUCGCCAUCCAACGUCGACGGUACCACGCUGGCUGCAUCUCAAAUCACCUACGCGUCCUCGCAUUCUCGACCCGAUUCUCGAGACGCAUUUGCGCUCGAAAUCUCACCUUCAACUCAAUCGACCCACAGCCCUGCCGCUGUCAACUUUGAUACCAUCUCUUAUACCAUUCAAUCGCCCGUGAGCGUAUCAUUCAAUCAUCUCGGAAACCAAUCUCGGACCAAUCUCGAAACAGCUCAACAUGCUUACCCCACUCCGUCCCCUUCAUCGUCUCCCGUACCCACUUCGCGGGACACCUCGAUCGAUGAUGAUCAAACGUACAACCCGCUCCUCCAACCCGGUGUUCAGAUUCGAGAUUCCACAGAUUUGAACCAUCCUCAUCUUGCCGAAGAAGCCGCCGCGUCCGACAUGGUCUUUCGUCUCACUGACGAGCAACUAUCCGAACGAAUUCACUUUGCGGAUGAGAUUGGAUUCGGUAAUUGGGGAAGCGUCUGGCUGUGUCGCACAAGGCGCAAACGACCAAAAGGUGAUGGCCCUCUCGCGCGACUGGGCCUAGGCGCCGCUGCUGCAGGGGGAGGCCGCAAUGGUGGAAUGUUGGCGGCCAAAUUGGUCCAUAGGGCACCGGAUCCAACGACGGCUGCCCGCGUCAAAGCUCUCUGGGGAGAAAUGAAGAUCAUUCGAUCACUCAGACAUGAACCUCAUCCAAGUAUAAUCCAAUUUGAAGCGUUCAUCAUCACACCUUCCUACGCCAUGGUACUCAUGCCGUGCCUCUCGGAUCUCAUGCCUGUUUCUCUGAUGCCCGCUCGAGCGAUACCAUACUUUCGGCAACUCGCAUCAGCUGUCGGUUAUCUUCACGAAAGAGGGAUCACCCACAACGAUAUCAAGCCUGCCAAUGUGCUAUUGUCUUACAAUGAUAUUCCUGUCCUGGUCGACUUUGGUUUCGCUCAAAAGUGGGACUUGAGAGAAAGAGGAUCUUUCUUGUCCAGCAUCAGCUGGGGCACGCCAGAGUAUCUCGAUCCUCAACGCGCCAUGGGCAUGCCACAUGAUGAGCGAGCUUCUGAUGUCUGGUCUUUGGGUAUCACCAUGUUUGAGAUCUUGGUCGGUCGCACUCCUUUCGAGAGCGAAGAAGAUAUCAAUGAAGACUUUCUUACGCCUGAAGAUCUGGUUGUGUACUACGAGCUUUCUCGCCGAGGCGAGUGGAUUGGCGAUUACACGAGGAUUCCGCAGGACCUGGAGCAUCUCCUGCGUGGGAUGAUCUGUCCCGACCCCGCCUAUCGAAUGUCAGCAAUGCAGGCGUAUCACCACCCAUCUCUCCAACCUCGAGCUGCAGAAGUCAUCAUCACGCCUCAUUUCGUUCGUGCAGCCGCCUCAUACGAGUUCACCGAACCCAUGCCCCGAGCACAAGACAAAGGCAAGGAAACGAAACGCAAAGCCAAAAAACGAGAAGCUGGUCAUGCAAGAGAGCCCCAACAGCCUCGAGCAGUCACGCCUGCCCUUGGAGAAAGUAUCAGACAACACACGUCCGUUCCUCGAGCAAAGGCUGGAAAGGGAUUGCCAGCGGAUGGUCAUACACUGAGCCCCAGAAAGGUGGUUCUGAAACAAAGUCGAGAAGCUUUGGAUGUCGAUCAUGUAAAGGAACAGGAUCCAACUCCUACCCGGAAGUCGAAGCCAGCUCAAGCUCAACGUGUACAAGAACUUUCCUAUCAGAAGGAGGAAGCACAUGCCGGUCUGCGUUCGUCCGACUCGUCAGACAGAAAUGUCUCACGAGAGUCCUCCGUUGGAAACCAACCUGCUGGUCCCGCUCGAGCAUCCACCACGACCACCAAGGCAACAGCUCCCGCUGCUACUGCCUCCAAGUCGAAGGCCGCACCGAUCUUAACGCACCACGAUUCUCGCCGAACGCUCAAGUCUCGUGAUUCUGAUUUGUCCUUGGCCACUUCGACCUCCACUGCGGUGUACACCAAGGAAGAUGCCGUCCAGAAAACCAUGCGCCGAUUGGAGGGCAAGAAGAAGGCCGACGUUUCAGAGUUCGGCGCCAAGCGAGAUGUCCUAGGCAGUAUCUCUCGGCCUGCUCCUUCACCACCUCGACCAAGAAGUCUCGACAGUCAACUUGAGGCUGUCACCGAGAGCAAGAAGGACGAUCACAGACGGAGUCUUGGGAUCGAGAAGCGCCUUCUCGAUGUCUUGGAAGAGUCUCCUGUCAAGAUUGUCUCUGAGAUCGUGGCUGAGACUCUAACUAAGUCUUCUCCCGCUGAGGUUCUACCUCAAUCGCCUGCGCGCGCCGAUACGUCUCAGACGGCAUCUCCAGCGAAGCCAUUGACGCCUACAAGGCCGUCUGGGUUCCGAAAACCGACCCCGUUCCCUGGUGAUGGCACCCCUACGAAGCGAAUUCUCUCUUCGCCACUACGCGAUGGAGUCAAGUCGAGUCAGGUCAGUCCCAAAACUAAGCGAGACAUAUCUGUCGCUUCACCUCCUCGACCGCGGAUGGCUACUCGACCAACCGAGGUCUUGGCAGAUGGACGACCGUUCCCAGCAGGAACAACGGGUCCUAUCGACUCUCUACCGUUCCCUGUGCUGCCUAUGCCAGUGGACGACGGACGUCAGAGUCCAAUGACGGAGUUGAGGGAACGCAUAUUGUCUGAUGAUCUCAUGCAACAAAGCCGAAUUCGACAACUUUCAGGCGAUCUCGUCGCAGGUGCAGUGCCAAGACCGAGUGAGGAUCCGGUCAUAAACGCUUCCGACCCUCAUCGUCCCUUGAGUCCCGCUGCACCCGACGCUCAGGCUCUUGGAGGUCGAUUGGAUCAACUGGCCCUAUGGGUGAAGGAUGUCGAGAAAAUGGUCGAAGAUGCACGAAAAGCUCUGGCAGAAGGUCGCGAGCCGCCAAUUUCGUUACCAUUCUUGGCUAUGCCGAUGCCCACAGCGGAUUCGCAUCUGAACCCGAACGCUGCUCCAACUACUAACAACGCUCAAGAACAUCGUUUCGGAAUCACACCUGACAAGCCGGAUCCUCUGCCUGCUCAUUUACGCACUUGCUCGACUCAGGUGGAACCUGCUACUCCGCCAAAGUGGAUGACCUAUGAAGAGGCUGAAGAGCGAGCCAAAACGGCGAGUGGGCAGAACGAUCAGCCCAUGGUCAACAUUGCGGCUCCAGGACUCAAGCGAGGGCCAAAGAAGGAGAGACCAUCGGUCUCUCACGUGCUUAAGCUGUUCGGCACCGAUAGGAAUGACAAGGCUUCUUCCGGGACCAACACGCCCGACUUGAUCGCGUCCGUCCCCCUGAAAUCCUCUGGCCAUGGCCACGUCCUUCGCGGUGCUCCGUCCACGCCGGCUCUUCGAUCCCCUCAGACCACCCGACAGUCGUCCAAGCCUCUCACUCGCAAAUCCGAGUCCAACCUACGCAACUUCCGCACCAUGCCUCAACUCUCAUUUGCCGAAGCACUGCGACCUCUGUCCCCGGACGAGCUCUCACCCCGCCGGGUCGUAUACGAAGAUUUGCUCGAGUCUGAACCUGGUGUAGUAAGACAAGGUGACGGUUGGUCUUCUUGGUCCAGCGGACUCACGACUACCAACCGUAUGAAGCAGCCUAGCUCCAUGGUCAGCCUGCGCGAACGAGCCCUCGCUUUCCUUCGUGACGACAAAGUUGAAACCAAUGCCUCUGGAUCCACUCGAGAGAGGAAUAUUGUGGACCUCGCUCAAGAAGUGGAGAGACGUCAAUCACGAGGUGGUGAGGUGAAGCGACCUGGUACACCGGGCGGACAAAGUAUUCUUGGAUUGCGAGCCAACGGAGGCGAUGGUAAACGUGGAGGCGGCAUCUUUGGACGGUUCAAGGGCAAGUUUGGCGCUGGCAAGAAGGAGAGGGAAGAGGUCGUCUAAGUGUCAGCCAUGGCGUCCUUUUCCUCUGCGACUCAUCGCUCAAAGACGACAUUUUACGUGGACGCGACUCUCGCUGCUGUGGACAAUCUCCGUUUACCCUGAUCAUACCCCCGUUGUAAUACAUUGAUACCCCUUUA